UCGCAGGUCUCUAUCUUAUUCCUAUCAAAAGUUAUUCAAAAAGUGGCUGACUGUCUUGUAUUUUGGAACGCAUAGUACAUUGAUUAAUCAUCUUGAAUAGAAAAUAAAUAAAUUAAAGUCGAAAUAAAUAUAAAAUAUUUGUUUUUACUUGUUCGAGUAAAAUAACUUCUGGUGUAUCAUAAAGUCAUUUCUCUUUUUUAUAUGAAUCAGAAUUAAAAGAUUGCAUUUUCUUUUGUCGAUAAUUAAUAUAAUUAUGUUCACUUGAACAAUCUUCAUAAAAGGAAUUUUCACCAGAUGAAUAUGUAUAGUAUAUGAUACACCACUUUUUGGUAAAUUCAUUUCAGAUUCAAAUCGACGACGCCAUUUUACUAUUAAUUCAGUAUUAUUGAAUAUAAUGAGUUGAAAUAGGAAAUAGAUAUCCAUUUUAUGUUGAAAUUCGACUAUCUCUUUAUCAAUGUUAUUAGAACGAGGCAGUUUGCCGCCGAAUAUUUUUCAUUAUUAAGAUGUUUUUUUAAAACAAUUCUAUUUGUAUAUGGAACUUUUCUACUAAUAUUAAAUUUGCGAAGAAUAUCACUCCUCCAACGUUCAACAUCUUUUAGAAUUAAUACUCGUCGUUUUCAAUCAGUUCGUCGUUCUUCUCAAUCAUCAUUAAGUGAUGUAAAACAUAUCAUUACUGAAAUAAAAUCUGUUUCAUUAGAUAAUCUCUCAUCUGUCAUUUGUCAAAUUCUUUCUAAAGAUACAUCAUAUGCUGUUCGUUUUGGUGAUCAAUUAUCUGAAAAUAAAAAAUAUCUUGUUCAACAACAUUCGCGAACAACAGAUCGAACUGAAAAUCUCUUUUCACAAAUACCAAAACAUGAUAUUAUGUUACAAAUAAAUGAAGAUAAAGAUGAUUUACCUCAUCCUUCAAUUGUGGCUUUUCCAUCAGUAAAAAAUCAAUUUCAAAUGGAUUUAGGAACAGAAGAUCAAACAAUACCUAGUCAUGAAACAGCUCGUUGUUUUGAUUGUGGAACAGCGCUUCAAUGUGCUGAUAAAACUAUAGCGUAA